UAUCAUUCUAUCAAUGAGGAAGAUGCUUCUGGUCUUAUACACGAGCAAUUUCCUUCAUGGCUAAAGGACUAUGUGAAUGAUGAGAGGAAUGGAACAACUAGUCCACACCUGAAGGCAUUAGCUCUCGGUCCUAAUCCGAAGGCAACAUCAUGGAACAUAUACUUUGUUAAUGGGUACAAGUUUCACACUCAAGAAUGGAGUCAUGGUAAAAAGACUACUAAUUGUGGGGUAUAUGUUAAAGGUCUUACAAAUGGAGGAGAAAACGAUUUUUAUGGCAUCAUCCAACGUUAAGUCCAGGCAACCUUGUUGCCGAAAUGUGCAGAAAAGUUAUAGUAAAGCUUUACAAGGGUACUUUUUUUAAUUAUAGUGAGCUUAAACGCGAUGAAAAACAAGACGAGAGAAAGGAAUGGUUCAACAUGUUUAAAUCGCUUGUAAGCUGGGACCGUUGCGACGAUGCUAGAAUGGAAGGCUUGUUUCAUCAAAGGUGUGCUGCACGACUGCGUGAUAUAUUGCAAAAGGCUAAAGAUCAGGCGCGCAAGCCGCCUUGGAUGGGUGUAGAUACAUGGGAGUUUCUUCUUGCAAAGUGGGAGACAAAAGAGUUCAAGGAUGUCUCCAAUCAAAAUAAGAUUAAUCGAUCAUCAAGCAGAGGUGGGGCAGUCCAUACGUCUGGUCGUAUAGCUCACCAUGAUGUUGCACUUGAAUUGGCUAAAAAACUCAAGCGACCCGCACAUCCGGAUGAGCUCUUCAUUGCCACCCACAAAAAGAAGAAUGGGGAGUGGGUUGACGAGCGUGCAGCGAAAACACAUGAAACAUACGCGAGUAGUGUUACACAAGCCACACAAAGUGGUGCUGAUGUCGAUGGAUCUACAAGAAUACAAAUGUGGAAAGAAGCUGCAGGAGGUAAAACACGGGGGCGGUGUUAUGGAUCUGCACAAUUGGCGCGCAACGUAAGAUAUGGAGUGAGCUCCUUGACACAAGUGUCAAUUACAAACCCCAAUAGAGAGUCAGAUAACCAAGCCAUUGAGGCUGCUAGAGUUGAAGCUGCUGCAGCACGUGAAGAAGCUGCACGAGCUAAUGCGCGGACAGAUGAAUUGGCAAAACAAUUUGAAGAUCUUAGGAAAAUGUUUGAUAUGUUCCAGUCUCGUCAGGCAGGUCGACCUUCUACUUCGAGUGAACAUUCUCAUUAUGAUUAUUCGGAGGAAGAGGAGGAUGAGGAAGAUGUUGAUGUUGAUGGUCAUGAUCAGGAUCAAUAGAGUUUAUUUAUGUCUAGAUUGUGUUAUGGUUUUCUUAUGUCUAGUUUGACUUAUAAGUAAACUUAUUUUGGUACACCUUGGCAUGUAUAAGUAAACUCGUAUGAGUAUAAGAUUGUGUUAUAAGUAAUGUUGAAUAGGCUGUUUGUUUUGGUACACCUAAUUAUGAAC